GCUUUGGAAUUCAGACUGUCCGUUUGAGAAGGGAAUAUAAAUAGUAAACCCGGGAAGUUCACUUCACCUUCUCUUCUUCAUAUCAUCCGUCGCUUCAUCCGCGUCUCUGCCAUCACGUUUCUCGACGGUAACUCUCCUCUCCGAUUCUCAGGUGUUCGAAGAAAUGUCACAAGAAAAUAUGGAAUCUGAUGGAGAACUAGAUCAAAGAGAAUCUGUUGGUGAGGUAGUUGAUGGAAAUCCAAUGGAACCGCGGUUAAUGCAAUUAUGUGCUACUGUCGUCCUUGCAAAUGAUUUUCCCUUUCAUCAUUUUGAGUUAGAAGCACUUAAGAACCUCUACGAGUUCUUAAAUCCAAAUAUUGUUAUGCCUUCUGCGAAUGUCGUUGAGGCUUAUGUCUCGGAAUUGUACAUGAAAGAGAAACUCAAGCUUAAACAAGAAUUGGCUACCGUUCAUAGUAGAAUAGCUUUAAGUUUUGAUUUGUGGGAAUCUGCCACUACUGAUACUUAUAUUUGCUUGACCGCUCAUUUUGUUGAUGCGAAUUGGAAGUUAAAUAGUAAGGUUCUCAAUUUUCAUCUUGUUUACCCUCCCACUGGAGGUGAGAUGUGUGAGAGGAUGGUUGGAAUGUUGAAAGAUUGGGGAAUAGAGAAAAAUAUUUUUUCUCUUACUUUAGAUGAUUCAUUUGAGAAUAAUGUUUUGCAAGAACAAUUGAAAAAUGAACUUGGUUUGCAAAAUGUGUUGUUAUGUGAUGGAGAGUUCUUUCAUGUGCAUUGCUUUGCACGCGUUUUAAAACUGAUUGUCGAAGAGGGUUUAAAACUAAUUAGUGGUGCUGUGUAUAAAAUUAGAGAGAGCAUUUUGUUUGUGAGACAUUCAAAGAGUAGAUGGCAAAAAUUUAAGGAGUGUGUUGAAAAGGUUGGUGGUGUUGAUAGUUCUGUUCGCUUGCAUUUGAACACGUCUAUGAGAGUAAACUCAAUUUAUUUGAUGCUUGAAAGUGCUCUUAAGUAUCGACGCGUGUUUGAAAAUCUUCACUUGUAUGAUGAUGAUUAUAAUUAUGAGUUACGUCCUUUGACGGAAGAGUGGAAAAGAGUAGAAAAAAUGUGUGCGUUCUUGUUGCCAUUUAGUGAAACUGCCAACAUGAUUAAUGGCACAACACAUCCUACUUCCAACUUGUAUUUUUUACAAGUUUGGAAAUUCCAAUGUGUUCUAGUUGAUAGUUUGCGAGAUGAAGAUGAAGAUAUAAAGAGAAUGGCUAAAAGGAUGAUGAGCGAGUUUGAGAAAUAUUGGGAUGAGUAUAGUGUUGUUCUUGCAAUGGGAGCUGUUCUUGACCCACGAAUGAAGAUUUCAACAUUGGCUUAUUGUUACUCAAAACUUGAUGCAUCAACCUGUGAAAGGAAGUUGCAACUUGUAAAAAGUAAGUUGUAUAUGCUAUUUGAAAAAUAUUCUGGCAAAAAUGCUUCUUCUGGCUUGCAAAAAACUACUCAGGAUCAAUCUUGUAUGCCAUUGCAAAAGAAACUCAAGUCCUCAUCUCACGGCCUCUUUGAUGAAUUGAAAAUGCACCGUCAGCAGCUUUUUACUGAAACUGGAAAGUCUCAACUCGAUGUAUACUUAGAUGAGUCAGAUUUGGGUUUUUGUUGUUAUGAAGAUAUGGAUGUAUUACAAUGGUGGAAGAGUAAUAAUAGUCGAUUUCCAGAUCUCUCAAUACUGGCCUGUGACUUGUUAAGUGUUCCUUAUACCACCGUGGCUUUUGAUUUUGAGUUUUGCAUGGGCUCACGCGUCUUUAACAAGUAUAAAGAUCAUAUGUUACCGAAUAAUAUUGAAACUAGAAUGUGUACUCGCAGUUGGUUGCAUAACUUUGUUAGCAAUGAUGGAGUCGACGACGAUGAUGAUGACUUUGAAGAACUAUUGAAUGAAAUUGACACUGAUGAAAAUAUGGAGCAAGCGUCUACUAGUGGGGGUGAUGAUUGAUGUGCUUGGAUUUAACUUUGGUUUAUUAUGUUUAUUUUAGUUUUAUUGUUAAAAAAUUAAAACUAUAUAUGGUUUUUAGAUUAUGGUAUCUAGACUUAUCGUUCAACUUAAUUUUUUUAAUGUUUUUAAUCGUAGACUUGUUUUUAGCUUGUUAAACUUAAAUAUGGAUUUGUCUAUCUGAUGUUUAAUGUUGGAUGAAACUAGUAUGUAAUUCCACGAGAAAGGA